CUUGUGUCACCAAGUGUGUGGUCGGUGCUGUCUGGCCUGGCAGACAACUUAAUUAGAGAAAGGUGGGUAUGGGCUACUAGGUAUGGCGGCCAUUCUCGACCCAUGCUCCGGAAUUGGUUUUGUGACACUGUGACAGUACGCGUAUCGAAAGCUUAAAAUAUAUUUUGAUAUGCGUAGUACUUCUCUGUGCACCCACCUCGCAGCCAUUUCAAACAUUCCGUGUCACUUAUUAUAGAUGUAAGCACUACAGCAUAUAAUCACUACAUAACCGUUCGCUAAACAACAUUUAAGUUAUUCAUACAACCGUUCUCUACAAAGCAUGUAUGGGGAAUUAGGAUGAUGAUGAUGUGCGGUGUUUAGUGGCUAAAUGGCCACCAAAAAGCGUCAUGCAGAUGGCGACACGGUGUCAAUGAAUUCUCAGUGAGAUUAAAGAUAAAUCGCGAUAGCUACAUGAAACACGGUCGUAAAAGGGCUUACAAAUUAGUAGCUGUAAAGCGUGCUACUUAUAUAACAAUUAUGACAAUGAGAGUGAGAUGUGCCGUGACUAUGAUGAAUCACGAUGAAUGAAUCGUGCAUAACGAAUGAAUCGCGAUAUUGGUUUUUUUUUUUCAUAGCAAGAAUGCUUCAAAUUAAGCAGACGUCAACUACACAGUUGAGCGUGCUAAUUUUUUUUUUUUCGUCUUGUUUUCUUACGCAGUGGACGCUCCUGCGGCAAUCUGAACGACAACUGGCACACCCACAACAACAACGUCGCCCUCUCGUCUUCCGCGAACCAGCGCCCCGCGGCCAUACGGGACGAAUCUCAGGAGGAAGAGAGCGUCGGAAACGAACCGCGCCCGCCGUUAUACAGAAACAAAAGAGAGAAUUAAAAAAAAAACGCACACACACAAGGAAGAAAUAAAGCGCAGAAUCUGCGGGCGCGUGAAGCUUAAUCCGCCGCCACCGGCGGCGCCGUCUACACGUAACGACGACUCUCAGUCUUCGGAUGGCGCUGGAAAGGAGAAAGGGGGGAAAGGAGACAGUAGUAUGUAACAUAAUUUCCACGGAACAAGGAAGAAAUCGUCGCUCUCACCCACGCAGACGUGCACGCACGCGGGCGCUCGCGGUGAGUCUACGUCGCUUAACGUUUCAUUUCCCUUAUGUCUUUUUUUUUUCUUCAGUGUUUUCCCACAACGGUGUGAGUGCGUGCGUGUGUGUGUGCGGCAGUUGGUCAAGGGCGAUGAGAUGUGUGUGAGCGCGCGACACUCCGAUGGCCGAGGUGGUGGUGGACGGCCUUCCUUCAGCAGUGAACCUUUUCCCCGCCCCCCACACCGCGCGCCUUCCAAGUCGACGUCCCUGGCAACGAAAAAAAAGAGGGGGGAUAGCGAAGUGCAGGGAAAAAAUGCAUACGGUUACGCACGCACAGUAUAUGCCCGAUAUCGUCCCACCCACCGCAUGGUUGAGCAAAGCCAGGUCGCAGUCACUUCGACGUACUUAGAACGGCGUCCUCGCGCGCGAGCCGCUUCUUCCGACGCACACUCGUGGAUCUUGUCAGUGGCCGCGGCGCGCGAAUGUAUCGCGGAAGAAUAACUACUCGCGAACGCAACGUUCUCUUCGUUCUCGUCCGACACACGACUUAAAACGUCGGGGCGUUCCCGAAGUCCAGCAGCACUCUUCCUGACGCGGCCGCCCUGCAUGUCCUCCCGAGGCAAGACACCGUAUACUUACUUAGCACCCGCACGACGGAUCAUCUUGGCCCUCCGGCGUCUCCACGCCUUUCCAAGGACGACGCCUAACCGACGACGCGGCUCCCGGACCAUUGUCUUCGCGCCUGGUUCCGUAAGCGCGUCGCGACCAUUUCAUUCAGCGCGCGCGCGUGUUUGUUGUGUGGCGUGACCAUUGUCUGUGUAAGGCCAACCGGACCGGCCAGCGCUGCCCGGCUGUCCAGAGUCGCCGUGCCAUUAAGCGAGCUCUGUCGUCCAGUGGUGGACGCAUCGUCGACGUUGCCGGCGAGCCAAGCGGUCGUCCUGGAAGUCCAGGCUCCGAGAAGACCCGUCCGUGCGCACAUCGACGUCAAGACUGUGGUCACGUUGUCUCUAGUCCAUACCUGCGUGCACACUGUUAUUAUCUUGCUGUUGACAAGUGAACCCGGUCUGCUGGUCGACUAAGCGAAGGCAGCCUCGAUCCUGGCAAGUCCAUUUAUGAGAUGACUUGUAUCCGUACGUCAAAGACAGGGUGAAGUAGUCGUGACACUGUCUUAUCUCUGCGUCUGUGAGCGUGCGAAACGGUUGCGCUGUUGCUGUUGACGAGGAAACUAGUCAUUUGGUGGAGGAUCGAAGCAGUCCUCUGAAAAGUCGAGCUUUGAAAACACUGGUUGGCCCGUGCAUCGACGUUCGACGUCAGGUGAAGUAGUCGUCACGCCGUCUCGCUCUCUGCCAUCUUUGCGCGCACAACCAAUUCCCCCAUUGCUGUGGAUAAACGAACCCGGCCAUCUGGUCGAGGAUAGGAAACAGUCUUCCGACAAGUCUAUACUUAAAAAAUACUUAUCUAUCCGUACAUCGAGGGCCGGGUGCAACAGUCACCACCACCGUCUCUAGCCCUUGUCAACGUGCACGCAAAGGCUUGUCCACAGGCCAUCGACAAGAACCAAAGCGAAUCCUGGUAAACGCCAUAGAUAAGACCAGUUGCAUCGUGUCCAUCUCGCCCGGACGCGGGUGCCGCCACCAUGGGUCAAGUCUGGAGCAACCUGUGGGACGUGCAGCUGCCGUUCAACUGCUACGAGACGGCGCACACUUGGACGCCCAUGUGCCACCGGGCGUGGAUCGACCUCUUCAAGGAUGUGAUGGCGUCGACGUUCCCGCUGCACCUAAUCUUAUACUCGAUGAGCGCCCUGACUCGGUCCAAGGGCGAGCCCCUGGAGAAGCUGAUACUGAGCUACGUGAUCGGAAACAGCCUGCGUUCCUCACUCAGCAUCGCCUACUGCUUCUUCUUCCUCUGCGCGUUCGCCUGCAUCUCAAGCGCGUACCUGGGCCACUUCUCGCCGGGCCAGGUCCUGUUCUCGUGCCUGGCGGCGGUCUAUCUGGGCUUCAAACUCGAGGAACCGAGACGCGUCCAGGCGCUGCUGGUGUCCAUGCUCAGACUGGGUGCCGAAGUGGCAUUCGCUGCGCUUCAACACGGUGGAGUUUUGCCCCAAGGUCUUCAUCGAUUCCAGGUGCCGCUAUUCGCAGCUAGCUUGGCCGGAAUCGUUUCGCUGGCGCGGGGCACCAAGUCGAAGGACCUGAGUCUCCAGGCGUUACGAAUGUUCUUGGGCUUCCAGCUGAUCCCCUGCAAGCACGGAGAUUUGACGCAAGGCAUCAUAGACGGCAAGUUCCGGACGGCCCUGUCCUGCUUCGCAGCGUCGCUCACGAGGUUCGUGGUAUUCACAAGCGUCGGUACAGCGACGUCUUUCGUCCUGACCUGGGGACGCCGUGUCGACCCUCGUCCUGGCCUUUUCCUGGGAUCGUUCGGAGCCCUCUACAGCCUGACUCGAUGCGUCCUGAGGCUACGAGGGUCGACUCGUUCGUGGCACGACCCUGCCGCGGCGCUGCUUGCCGGACUGUGCCUGGCACUGUGGCCGAGCCCCAGGAUCACACUGUUCUUCGCCUUCAAGUUCCUCGAGCUCUGCUACAGUCGUGGCGAGGAGGCUGGCGUCCUGCCGUCCGGUUCCGAAGGCACCCACUCUGCACUCUUCGCCAUCUGCUGCGGCGUUCUCCUAACCGUGGGCGUGCUCCAGCCCCACCUUGUGCGGCCCUCGUACCGAGCGUUCAUCGAUCGAGUAAUCGGAAAGAGGAUGCGCUACAUCAACGUGCCAGCCAUCGCUACGCUAGGCUACGGAACCACAAGCAUCGUCCCGGAUGUUCCAGUCACGAUGCCCGAGCUGGACCCAAGGUUCGUCAGCAGGAGAUACAAGGAGACGCUGUGGGUCUGGGCUCAAUAAAAAAAU